AAAACACCUCCCUCCAUUGCUAAUUGCUAAUUGCCAAAAAACAAAAUCCUUCUUUCAACCUCUUUCUUUGAUAAGAUAAGCUCGCACCGCCAUAAAGAGGGAAGACAAGUGCCUUUAAUGCUUAUUGAUUCCUAUUUAUUUUCUUUCGUUUUCUGAUUUUUUAAUGGUCGAAACCGUGAGGAGAGAAGGAAUGGCUUGGAGAGAGAAGCCAAAAAGCGCUUUUUGGUCAACAUUUAUGAGGGUUUUCUUCUUGUUUUUGGCGUUUCUUGCAACCACGACGGCGACGACGACGGCGCAUGAACUGAGCCAGCAAAUACGACUGCCGCACAAGAACGCGUACGCCACCAUGAUGUACAUGGGUACGCCAAGGGACUACGAAUUCUACGUGGCCACACGUGUCCUGAUCAGAUCGCUAGCUAGACUCCACGUGGACGCUGAUCUUGUUGUCAUUGCCUCCGUCGACGUUCCUCCCCGAUGGGUUCAAGCUCUGGAACAGGAAGAUGGAGCAAAGGUGGUGAGAGUGGAGAACCUUAAUAAUCCAUAUAAGCAUUUUGACAAGAGAUUCAAGUUGACACUGAACAAACUCUAUGCCUGGAAUCUAGUGGAUUAUGACAGGGUGGUCAUGCUUGAUUCUGAUAACCUCUUUCUUCAGAAUACUGAUGAAUUGUUCCAAUGUGGACAGUUUUGUGCUGUUUUCAUUAACCCUUGUAUCUUCCAUACAGGCCUCUUUGUAUUGAAGCCAUCAAAGGAGGUGUUCAAGGAUAUGGUUCAUGAACUGGAAAUUGGGAGGGAAAAUCCAGAUGGUGCAGACCAGGGUUUUAUUAGUGGCUAUUUCCCUGACUUGCUUGAUCAGCCAAUGUUCCAUCCUCCCCCCAAUGCUACCAAGCUUAAUGGACACUAUAGGCUUCCUUUGGGUUAUCAAAUGGAUGCCACAUAUUACUAUCUUAGAUUGCGAUGGAACGUACCCUGCGGGCCAAAUAGUGUAAUUACAUUUCCUGGUGCACCAUGGUUGAAGCCAUGGUAUUGGUGGUCAUAUCCUGUCUUUCCAUUAGGCAUUUCAUGGCAUAACACUCGCCUUCAAACUCUCGGGUAUGGUGCGGAGAUGCCAAUGGUGCUUAUUCAAACAGUAAUUUAUUUGGGAAUAAUAACAGUGACACGUCUGGCACGGCCUAACAUCCCUAAGCUCUGCUAUCGACGGAUAGACAGGAGUGUCUCGUUGAUACAAGCAGGCCUGAAAUUAGUAGCGAUAUGGUCGAUUCUUGCUGCGUACAUAGUACCCUUCUUUCUUGUACCUACAACCGUCCAUACAUUACUAGGCUGGUCAUUAUAUUUAAUAGGCACAUUUGCACUUUCCUCUAUAGCAAUCAAUUCAUUUUUCUUGCCAAUGCUUCCAGUUCUGUCACCAUUGCUGUUGAUAUUUGGCUCACUUUUGGUCAUGGCAUUUCCUUGGUACUCAAACGGUAUUGUAAGAGGUUUAGCUAUAUUUGGCUACGCUUUCUGCAGCUCACCAAUUGUUUGGGUUUCGUUUGUUAAGAUUAUGGCAUGUCUACAAGUGUCGCUUGAAAGGGAAGCAUUUUUCCCAAGAUUGGGAGAAUCUACACCGCCUCCUGGAUUUAACAAGUUGUACUGAGGAGCAAGCCUUCUUGAUUGAAAGAUUUUGAAGCUGCUUUAUUUUUUGGUGUGGGUGAAGGUUAUGGGCUAGUUUGAUUCUGCAUGGGCUUUCCUGCGUCUUGUAUAAUCUUUUUUUUUUUUUUAACAACAGUUGAUACAUUUUAGAAGAGCGGAUGCUCAGCUCACUUCAUUUAGAACAGUAGCCAUAUAAUCAUACACAUUGCUUCAUUAAUCAUCCAAAUGCUUUUCAUUGCAA